GUUUAGAAGCCUAAUCAAUUUGGGCGAUCGCAGGCGAGAAGGUGGAAAGAGGAGGAAGCCAUUUUGGGGGCCCGGGAGAGGGUGACCUCGGAGCACAGCUGGGAAAUGGAGGAGCAAGCCUUGGCUAAGCGGAAAGCAGGAAGACGCCAGAAUGUUAUCCAGGCUGGGAACAGCGGGGGAUUCUGGGCAAGAAGCACACAAGAGAUCCUGGGUGAGGAGGAUGCCCUCGGCUUGGAUGCCCAACGCCGACGUUUCAGGCACUUCUGCUGCCAGGAGGCCAAGGGGCCCCGAGAGGUUUGCAGCCGACUCCACCAUCUUUGCCACAAGUGGCUGAAGCCAGAGAGACACACCAAGGCUCAGAUCCUGGACCUGGUGAUCCUGGAGCAGUUCCUGGCUGUCCUCCCCCCGGAGAUGGAGAGCUGGGUCAGGGAAUGUGGAGUGGAGACCAGUUCCCAAGCGGUGGCCCUGGCCGAAGGUUUCCUCCUGAGCCAGGCAGAGGUCAAGAAUCAGGCAAAGCAGCAGGAACAGGGACCUCUAGCUGAAGUUUCUCUGGGUUUCCGUGGGGCAGAGCAGGCAGCCUCAGCUCCCCGGGAGAGACGGCUCUUCAGGUGGAUUGUGAAAGAGUGUGACCAAGCUGCCAACUCACUAGGCGACGGAGUGACCCCAGCGACCCGCACUCCUUGUGGCGGAGUGGAAACGGCGGCUGUCAGGCCUGAUCAGGACCAGGUGUCCUUUGAGGAUGUGGCUGUGUAUUUCACAGACGACGAGUGGCUGUUGCUGGAUCCGGCCCAGAGAGCCCUGCAUGUGGAAGUUAUGGAGGAGAAUUGUGGGAACCUCGCCUCUCUCGGUGAUGGCUGGGAGGUCGGCACUCGGAAUGAGGGAGACGCGCCCAGAUUAUUGUUGCAAAGAGCUGCCUGCGGACAGGAACUGAAAGAGCAGAGCAAGGAAACGGAAGGGGAACAGCAGCCGAGGGAUAUUUCCUCUGCUGCCGUGGGGGAAGCUUUCCAUGAUGUCCCAGUCCCAGAAAAAAGAGACAAAAGGAAAGAAGGCGGAGAGUGUCCGGUCUGCGGGGAAAGUUUCAGUUGCAAAUCCAGCUUUAACACUCACUUGAAAACGCACAAAGAGGAGAAACCGUACAAAUGCUUGGAUUGCGGGAAGAGCUUCUCUCAGAGGAAAGGCCUUAUCCGACACCAGAGAAUCCACACCGGGGAGAAACCCUAUACCUGUUUGGAGUGCGGGAAGAGCUUCCGCCAGAGCGCGGCCCUGAUCACUCACCAGCGUAUCCACACAGGGGAGAAGCCGUACACUUGCUUGGAGUGCGGGAAGAGCUUCUGUCAGAAGACGACGUUGGUGAGGCACCAGCGGAUCCACACAGGGGAGAAGCCGUACGCCUGCUCGGAGUGCGGGAAGAGUUUCAGUCACAGGUCCCAGCUCACCUCCCACCUGAGAGUCCACACUGGGGAGAAGCCGUAUAAAUGCCUGGAAUGUGGAAAGAGUUUCAGCCAGAACACAAACCUUACUUUACAUCAGAGAACUCACACGGGGGAGAAGCCGUUUCGGUGCCUGGAGUGCGGAAGGAGCUUCAGUCACAGCUCGACCCUUAUGGCGCACCAGAGAACCCACACAGGGGAGAAGCCCUUUACGUGCCUGGAGUGCGGCCAGAGCUUUGCUCAGAACGCCAGCCUUAUCUUUCAUCAGAGAACUCACACAGGGGAGAAGCCAUACGCCUGCCCCGAGUGCGGGAAGAGAUUCAGCACGAGCACCAGCCUCACCUCGCACCGGCGCAUUCACACAGGGGAGAAGCCAUACACCUGCUCCGAGUGCGGGAAGAGCUUUUGCACGAGCACAAACCUUGUUACACAUCAGAGAAUCCACACGGGGGAGAAGCCGUACAGGUGCUCGGAGUGCGGAGAAAACUUUCGUAAGAAAGCGCAUCUCCUUCGACAUCACAUGACGCACACAGGGGAGAAGCCGUACAAAUGCGCAGAGUGUGGGAAGAGCUUCAGCGAGAAAAGAAAUCUCAUUUCUCAUCAAAGGAUCCACUCUGAGUGUUGGAACGAGGAUCCUGUAAGCAGUCGUUGGAUUCCUCCCUCUGUAGGUCCAGGAUAUGUCCCCCUUUCCCAGGAUCCCAGUACUUUCCAGAGCCCUCUCAGUCAUAAUUCCAGCCCAGGAGAAAGAUUGGAGUGUUUUAGUUUUUUUCUAAAUGAGAGCGGACGGGGAAAGCCAUCGGGAGACCCGGGGGAGGCCAUCAUUUCCUCUUCCUCGCCUUUUGUGGCGGAGCAGCUGCGGCGGGAGGAGGCGACGCGUCCGGGCAGCUCGGCCUCCCGCGCGCCCUUUUGCAACCAGGCGCCCCUGCGCUCGCAGGAGCAGGAAAAGUCUCACCCCCACAACUCCAGCGGUGAAGCAGCUGUGUUGCCUAAACAUGCCAAGCAUCUCGUUGGAGCAGCCAGAGAAUGGGUGGAUAAUUCAAGCCGCGUCCAAUUCAUCAUGAGACACAAAAUGGUCCCUGAGAAAGGACAAACUCAGAACACGGACUUCCGGGACAGGGUCCCGAUGGAGCAGGAGGUGCCCGGAAGUGGGAAACAGCUGGAGGAAAAGCUGCGCCAAACUGGCCCCGAGCCUGGCGAGGCGUCGGAGGGAGCCACCCGAGCGUCUCCCGAACUCGAGGCCGGGAAUGACCGAGGCCCCACGAAGAAGGAAAUCCCGGAGAAGAUGACGAACGAGCCGGGAGAGAGGCGAUUGAAAUACCUGGACCCUCGGGCCGCCUCCAAGUCCCGCAACGCAGGGUGGGGGGACCCCGAGCGACUGGAAUCUGAGCGACUGGAAUCUGAGCCGUGGGAGAACUCCAAGUCUUGCUUGGCCUCCUUGGAAGGAGCGGCUGAGGCCUACCGGAAGUUCAGAGGCCUGCCGGAUCUCAGGAGGGAAAGCCAUGGGGAUUGCAGGACCCCCAAGAUGGAGGAUGAGAGGAAGGCGAGGGAGGAUCUCCUGAGAGAAGAUUUGGUCGCUAUGGACGUGCAGAGGACUCUGUUCCGGGAGUUCCGCUACCAGGAGGCCGAAGGUCCCCGCGAGGCCUGUAGUCGCCUCUGGUAUCUCUGCCACCGGUGGCUGAAGCCGGAGAGGCACUCCAAGGAGCAGAUCCUGGAGCUGGUGAUCCUGGAGCAGUUCCUAGCCAUCCUUCCCUCAGAGCUGCAGAGCUGGGUCAAGGCUAGUUGCCCCCAGACGUGUGACCAGGCAGUGGCCCUGGCAGAGGACUUUGUGCCCAGGCAGCAAGAAAAUAGGCGCCUGGAGCGGGAGAGGCCGGCGUUAAUCCAGGAGGUAGCUUUGAACUACCACCCAGCUGAGCCACCCCCAGCCAUCCCCAGGAAAAAGGCACUUCGCUCCGAGGUCAAGCAAGAAGGAAACGGUGACACUGAUUCGGAGGGUGGCGACGGGUGGGUGAUCGAGGCGGCGCAAGACGAUUCCCCUCUGCAGGAUCCCGAGCGGGCAAAGAUCUGCGGGUCCUCGUGGGACAGGAUCCCUUGGUCCCAAGAGGAUGGAGAAGCUUCUGUGAGUCACGGCGACGACGGCCCGCAAAGGAGCAAGGAGAAACGCCAAGAGCAGAGGGCAGCCGAGAGCGCCUCGUGCGUCGGGGACGGAGGAGGCCAGAGCCAAGCUGUCAUCGUCAAGAGGAGGCGGCGCAGUCGAGGGAAGAAGACAUGCGGCGUGUGCGGGAAAACCUUCAGCCGCAGCACCGUGCUGGCGGCUCACCAGCGGACGCACACGGGGGAGAAGCCGUUCAUGUGCCAGAGCUGCGGGAAGUGCUUCAGCUUCAAGUCGACGCUGGUGGCGCACGAGAGGACGCACACGGGCGAGAGGCCCUACACCUGCGACCAGUGCGGCAAGAGCUUCACCGUCAGCUCGGUCCUGACGCGCCACUACCGCGUCCACAUCGAGAAGGAGCUGUUCGGCUGCUCCGAGUGCGGCAAGAGCUUCGCCCAGAAGUCGCAGCUCCACAACCACCAGAAGGUGCACAUCCGGGAGAAGCCGUUCAAGUGCUCUCAGUGCGGCGAGGGCUUCAGUCGCGGCUCCAGCCUCAAGAAGCACGAGGGCUCGCACACGGGCGAGAAGCCCUUCAAGUGCCCCGACUGCGACAAGUCCUUCAACACGUCCUCGCAGCUGGUCAAGCACCACCGCGUCCACACCGGGGAGAGGCCCUACACGUGCGCCGAGUGCGGGAAGAGCUUCAGCCAGUGGCAGAUCCUCAUGGUCCACCAGAGGACCCACACGGGCGAGAAGCCCUUCAAGUGCGCCACCUGCGGGAAGUGCUUCUCCGACCGCGCCGUCCACAUCCGCCACCAGAAGGUCCACACGGGCGAGAGGCCGCACCAGUGCGCCACCUGCGGCAAACGGUUCACCCACCGCACCGUCCUGGUCAAGCACCAGAAAAUCCACAUGCGUGAAGCCUUGAACAUGCUGCGGCUGCAGGAGGAGGAGGAGAAGCAGCAGUCGGAGCCGCCGCUGCCGCCGGAGGGAGCCUCAUCCAAAAUGGCGGCCGAGAAGGGAAGAACGCCAAGCGUUGAUCUCUACUUCCGAUCUCUGCUCCAACGGGAGAUCCAGGCCAAGGAGCACCGGGAAGAGAGCAGCCAAACAGGCCACGAUCCCAAAGCGGCAGUGGAGAGAUCAGGAAGAUCCUCUCACGAAGCCAAGGCUGGGAGCGACCAGGAUUUCCUGAAAAGGGAGCCUCCAGAAAUGGGAGUGGCGAGCGCUUGUCGGAGGUCUGGCAUGCUGCGGGUCUCGGCAGAGAAGCUCCAAGUGACGCCACCAAGAUGGCCGCCGUCAAGAUGGAGGAUUGUGGGAAGCGACGGAGGAUCUCCUGGGAGACGAUUCGGUCGCCAUGGAUGUGCAGCGGGCGCUCUUCCGGGAGUUCCGCUACCAGGAGGCUGGGGCCCCCGCGAGGCCUGUAGUCGCCUCUGGUACCUCUGCCACCGGUGGCUGAAGCCGGAGAGGCACUCCAAGGAGCAGAUCCUGGAGCUGGUGAUCCUGGAGCAGUUCCUGGCCAUCUUGCCCUCGGAGCUUCAGGGCUGGGUCAAAGAUGGCUGCCCUCAGACUUGUGACCAGGCAGUGGCCCUGGCCGAAGGCUUUUUACUGAGACGGCGGGAGGCCUCCGAAACAGAACGGGAGGGUUCGGCGCUGAUCAGGAGGUAUUCCUGGCAGGUGAUGGGUGGAUCACCAAGGGCAAAGAGGAGAAGCCCGACCUCGAAAAUACCGAGCUGGUCAAACUCUGGGGCCUCGUGGGGAGGUGUCUCCUGGCCCCAAGAAGGGGGUGAAGCCUCUGCGAACCGUGACGGAUCGGGAAAGGGAUGGAAAAACUCCCUGGCGCCCAGAGGGGACGUGAGCGGGGAACGGGGCCAAGCGGUCGCCGUCAAGAGGAGGCGCAGGAGUCGGGGGGAGAAGGUGUGUGUCAUGUGCGGGAGAAGCUUCAGCCGGACCACGGUGCUCGUUGCGCACCAGAGGACUCACACGGGCGAGAAGCCGUUCAUGUGCCAGGACUGCGGCAAGUGCUUCAGCUUGAAGUCCACCCUGGUGGCGCACGAGAGGACGCACACGGGCGAGAGGCCCUACAGCUGCUCGCAGUGCGGCAAGAGCUUCACCGUCAGCUCGGACCUCACGCGGCACUACCGCAUCCACGUCGGGGAGAAGCCCUUCAGCUGCCAGUGCGGCAAGAGCUUCAGCCGCAAGACGCAGCUCCUCAACCACCAGAAGGUCCACACGAGGGAGAAGCCCUACAAGUGCUCGCAGUGCGGCGAGGCCUUCGGCCGUAGCUCCAGCCUCAUGAUCCACGAGGGCUCGCACACGGGCGAGAAGCCCUUCAAGUGCCCCGACUGCGACAAGUCCUUCAACACGUCCUCGCAGCUGGUCAAGCACCACCGCGUCCACACCGGGGAGAGGCCCUACACGUGCUCCGAGUGUGGGAAGAGCUUCAGCCAGCGGCAGAUCCUCAUGGUCCACCAGAGGAUCCACACGGGCGAGAAGCCCUUCAAGUGCGCCACCUGCGGGAAGUGCUUCUGCGACCGGGCCGUGCUCAUCCGGCACCAGAAGGUCCACACGGGCGAGAGGCCGCACCAGUGCGCCACCUGCGGCAAGAGCUUCUCUCACCGCGCCGUCCUUGUCCGCCACCAGAAGAUCCACACGAGAGAAGCUCUGAAUGCGCUCGGACUCCGGGAGGAGCCUCCGCCCAGCAAAGCCCUGUAAAGAGCCCAGAUUCCGUCCCAUGUUGCCUUGAGUC